AUGGUGCGGAAUACGCCUACCAAAAAGUCAUAUCUCGAGCUCGCAAAUGUGCUCAUCCUCCUGUCAACAUUUGCGGGCGCAUUUGCGCUGCCCGAGGCUUGCAACGCGAGCCGUGUCCCCGCCUUCAUCGCCUUUGCCUCGCAAUUCUUCCUCAUGUGUCCCAUCGCCGCCUCUUCCAUCUACGUCGCGCUGCACAACAGGCCCGACGGACAAGUUGUUGAGACGGGCAAGCACGCAUUCAUACAGAUCCAGUUCGGCUUGAUCGGGGUCAUGAUUAUUGUGGGAUUUCUCCUGCUCAACAUUGCGCUUCACUUCGCCGGUGGUCGAUAUCUCGGCUCUGCGGGAUUGGGCUUGAGCGCUGUUUUCAUCCUGGCGACAGCGGCGUACAGCAUCGGGGAUCAUCUGUCACAGCCCAAGCCAGAAGCGGAGGAAAGGCUGAAUGGCGACACUCCGGCUCGUCCGCAGGUUUCGAUGAGCCAAUAUCUAGGAAUGGGGAGAGCCGCUGAUCAGACACCUUUGCAGAGGAUUAGUGUAUUUUUCAGAUGGUGGAUCGUCAUGCUGGUAGCGAUGGAGGUUGUCGGUUUCAUGCUUCUUCUUGGUUUGGGUGUCACUGAGACGGUCCUCGCAGAUUCGACGGCUUGCCAGUUUCUCUAG